CCCCGCGGUCGCUGCCGGGGCCGCUGCUGACAACAAGAUGGCGGCGGCGGCGGGUCCGGCGGGCGUUGAGAGUCGCGUGUUGGGCUACAGCCUGCACCGCUGGAGCAGCUUCUCCUCCACCUACCUGCCCGAGAAUAUCUUGGUGGAUAGACCAAAUGAUCAGUCCUCAAGAUGGUCUUCAGAAAGCAAUUAUCCUCCCCAGUAUUUGAUUUUGAAACUUGAAAGACCUGCCAUAGUCCAGAGCAUCACAUUUGGCAAAUAUGAGAAAACACAUGUCUGCAAUUUAAAGAAGUUUAAAGUCUUUGGUGGGAUGAACGAGGAGAAUAUGACAGAUCUCCUAUCCAGUGGCUUAAAGAAUGAUUAUAACAAAGAAACAUUCACCUUGAAGCAUAAAAUUGAUGAACAGAUGUUCCCCUGUCGAUUCAUUAAGAUAGUUCCACUCUUAUCCUGGGGACCUAGCUUCAAUUUUAGUAUCUGGUAUGUUGAACUAAAUGGCAUUGAUGAUCCAGAUGUGGUCCAGCCGUGCCUCAACUGGUACAGCAAGUACCGUGAACAGGAAGCCAUUCGCCUUUGCCUAAAGCACUUUCGGCAGCACAACUACACCGAGGCUUUCGAGUCGCUGCAGAAGAAAACCAAGAUUGCUCUGGAGCACCCCAUGCUGACAGACCUGCACGACAAACUGGUGUUGAAGGGGGACUUCGAUGCUUGUGAAGAACUGAUAGAAAAAGCUGUGAAUGAUGGCUUGUUCAAUCAGUAUAUCAGUCAGCAAGAGUACAAACCUCGCUGGGGGCAGAUUAUCCCCAAAAGCACCAAAGGUGAUGGGGAAGACAGUCGGCCAGGGAUGAGAGGUGGCCAUCAGAUGGUGAUAGAUGUGCAGACAGAAACUGUUUAUUUGUUUGGUGGCUGGGAUGGAACUCAGGAUCUGGCUGACUUCUGGGCAUACAGUGUGAAGGAAAACCAGUGGACCUGUAUAUCCAGGGAUACUGAGAAAGAGAGCGGUCCCAGUGCCAGAUCCUGUCACAAGAUGUGCAUUGACAUCCAGAGAAGGCAGAUCUACACCCUGGGGAGGUACCUGGAUUCCUCUGUGAGGAACAGCAAGUCCCUGAAGAGCGACUUCUACCGCUACGACAUCGACACCAACACCUGGAUGCUGCUGAGCGAGGACACGGCAGCAGAUGGAGGCCCCAAGCUGGUGUUUGAUCAUCAGAUGUGCAUGGAUUCUGAAAAACACAUGAUCUACACCUUUGGGGGCCGAAUCCUGACCUGCAAUGGCAGUGUGGACGACAGCAGAGCCAGUGAGCCCCAGUUCAGUGGCUUGUUUGCUUUUGACUGCCAGUGCCAGACGUGGAAACUUCUGAGGGAGGAUUCCUGCAACGCCGGACCCGAGGAUAUCCAGUCCCGGAUAGGACACUGCAUGUUGUUCCAUUCUAAAAAUCGCUGCUUGUAUGUGUUUGGUGGCCAGAGAUCAAAGACUUACUUGAACGACUUCUUCAGUUAUGAUGUGGACAGCGACCACGUGGACAUUAUCUCAGAUGGCACAAAGAAAGAUUCAGGGAUGGUUCCAAUGACAGGAUUCACUCAAAGGGCCACCAUUGAUCCUGAACUGAAUGAAAUCCACGUCUUGUCAGGGCUCAGUAAAGACAAGGAGAAGCGGGAAGAGAACGUGAGGAAUUCCUUCUGGAUUUAUGACAUUGUGAGGAACAGCUGGUCUUGUGUCUAUAAGAAUGACCAAGCAGCAAAAGAGAAUCCAGGUAAAAGCCUUCAGGAAGAGGAGCCCUGCCCAAGGUUUGCCCAUCAGCUGGUGUAUGAUGAGUUGCACAAGGUUCAUUACUUAUUUGGAGGGAAUCCUGGUAAAUCCUGCUCUCCAAAGAUGAGAUUAGAUGAUUUCUGGUCUCUGAAGCUCUGUCGACCUUCAAAGGAAUAUCUGCUAAGACACUGCAAAUACCUCAUCAGAAAGCACAGGUUUGAGGAGAAGGCUCAGACUGACCCUCUUAGUGCACUGAAGUACCUGCAGAAUGAUUUAUAUGUAACCGUGGAUCACUCGGACCCCGAGGAGACAAAGGAGUUUCAGCUUCUUGCCUCAGCAUUAUUUAAGUCUGGCUCGGAUUUCACGACUCUCGGAUUUUCAGAUGUUGACCACACGUAUGCCCAGAGAACUCAGCUGUUUGACACGUUAGUCAACUUCUUCCCAGACAACAUGACCCCUCCUAAAGGCAACCUGGUGGACCUCAUCACGCUGUAAUGGAGAAUCACUGGACACAUGGAAGAGGGGAAAAGCAUCCAUUUUCAGUAUUUUAAUUUUUUUACUGCAUUGAUUGACUGCUGGGAUGAAGUUAAUAUAGUAACCCCUAGGUGUUUGAAAGGGGUUUUAUACUUGUAUGGUGAAUCCCUGGAGCUUUUCCCUUGGAGUAGGUUAAUAAAAUGUAACUGACGUACUUCUGACUAAAUAUAUAUAUUUUUUCUGACUUUGGAUUUUGAGUUAGCAAAUGUAAGAUGAAAAGGUGGGGGGAAAAAAGAAAAAGAAAUAAAACCCAGUCAUGCAGUGAUCUUUUUGCCUAUGGGGGAAAAUUUGAGAUAUGUGAGUUGUCUGGGAUUAAAGAUGAUGGGUUUUAUUUUGUGUUUCCUGAGGAAGAGGGGGAAGAGGUUUUUCUUUCCUCAUUUGUAACUAGUCAUGACGUGUUGCUUUAUCCUACAACUCCAUCCUCAGCAGCUGAAUAACCUGGUGGCAGGACACUGGCAGGUGUUGAGAUGAUGUAAUUUCUGUCCUGAGUCUUGCACUCACGGUGUGUCGCGGGAAGGCGAGCGUGUGUUCCGAACCGUCUGUCUCCCCUUCCAGAGCUGUGUGACAGUCAUGUCUAAUUGCUUCUGAGACUCCACCUAAACUCACGACCUACAUCCCUGUCUCCUGUUCUCUGGGGCCUUCCACUUCAACCUGGCAGGCAAGAGGGAACCUGAGAUACAGCUGGAAAACAGGAGUGCGGUCACUGCCCACACGGGCCCCUUUUCAGGGAUUGAUCUCUUUGCUGCUGUGCUCAUCCACUGAGAAACCCUGUGGGUCCUCAGCGAGCCUGGCAGAACUGGGUCUUCCACCACACACAUCCCCAACCUCUGCAAACCUGCCCCCAGGUUGGGUGUAGGAUUUCUGAAGCAGAUUGUCUUCAUUUCCAUGUGAAGCAUUUCUGUGUGCGUUUGUCCGUGUGUACGUGUACAGGGCGUUGCUCCCAACAGCUUGUCUCCUUCCCAUGUAAGUGCAACUCCCUUGUCAAAGCAUUUUAGACCUAGAUCUGAAUGUGAGGGAGGCCUUCUUAGCAUAAAUCUCUGAAAAUGAGCUGUUGCAUAUGUAUAGAAAAUGUAUUCUUCCUUUUGCUGAAAGCCUUCUUUAUAAACACUGUAAGGGCUUGGUGCUGCACUGUGAGGUUGAAUGAAGGACAUGCAUACCCAGCGUUAGAAACUCUGCAUUCAGUGUCUGUGAGCAUUCAGUACACACUGGCAGAUGUAAAUAUUUAUAUGAAACUGCAAAACUUUCUGUCCAGCAGUGUUCAUGCCAGUCAGGUAUCGUCGCUGCACCCGCUGUGGCUCCUGUUGAACUUGGUGGAAGUCCUGUGUGUGCAAAGAUGAUUUGGACUCUUGAAAUAAAGAGUUAGUCAAGUGUCUUUUUCAGA